AGAGACAAAAUGCCACCAACCAGAAAAAAGCGGGCAGCAGCAGAACGCCACUACAUUAUAAGGCAAAGAACAGGGGUACAAGUGGCGGAUGAAGAAGUUACUGCCCCACUCCCAGGUAACAACCCUGGCCCACAACUUCCGCUUCCGGGUGCCUCGGUACCACCAAUUUCAGCAAUAGUAGCAGAGCUACUGGUGCAGAUGCGUGCCGAAGGACUGGUGCUUCAACAGCACAGACACAACACCCACCCUUCACUACCUACACAACCAUCGGCUACAGUAGGGGCUCCACAAGUGGAGUUUGGGGGUUCACCGACUGAGCAGGUAUAUCUCUUGAGAUGUAAAGAGCCACCGUCCGAGGCGAGGGAGGGAUCAUCUGGUGGUACUGCCGCGACUGCCAAAACGAUCCUCCUAGUCGUUUAGAUGACACCGUCAAGAUGGGGCCGCCAAUGUUAAAGAGGAGCGACGCCACGGCCUCCGUUGACGUCAUCGCCAGUUUUGGAGAGGAGCGAUGCCAUAUGUGAGGUUGCAAACUCUACCCUCACCAGCGACUUUUUGGACGAGCCACCAGCCUUCGGAUUUUCACCGAUCAGGAGACUGGACGCAACCUUCGUCGUUCCGGACUCCGCCACAGACGACCCAGACGCCACGUUUCCUGUCUCGACGGGUGGAGAUACCAUCGAUGAGAUGAAUACUAAAAAGGAGACAUCCAUGAUGCUUCUUUCGACCUUCAGGACCAGCCAGCCUAUGACGACAGUUUUGACCUCACUGUCCAAGACCAUGAUGACCCGACUCGCAGAGCAAUCCCUAGCCGACGCCCUCAUCACUGACACCGUACUGGAGGAUGAGGAGGUGACCUGGGGGGUAGUAGACCAGGGAACCAACCGUCGUUGCCGGAAACUUGUUUCCAGUGACGGAUACACUUACACUGUGAAGGGAUCAACCAAGACAACCACAACAUGGAGAUGUUCCGUCCGGAAUAAGAAGGUUUGGUGCCGGGCCAGCGUCAGCCAGCGAGGGGAUGUGUUCACCUGCGGUACUAUUGACCAUGUCCACGGUUCGGACAACUUGGCCAUGAAGAGGGUGAAGGUAAAGACUCAGAUAUUGACCGAGGUCAUGGCCACCGUCCACACUUCAGCAGCGACUAUAAUGGAGGACGUCCUAUCUCAUCAGUACCGCAAACCGUGCCCGACAGAUGAUCCGGCCACGGGAGCCCACUGACCUGGACUUUGUUGUUGAUCAGGAGUUCGUUCGAUGUCCAGAUUUCGUCAUCGGUGACGUGAGUGAGGAUGGUCAGCGACACCCGAUGUUCGCCACUCAGACCCAGUUGAGCCUUCUCCGACAGGCUCGCCGAUGGUAUAUGGAUGCAGAAACGUAUAAUGUAUUACACGUCUCUGAUGGAUGGGACCUUCAAGAUCAGGAAGGAGCCUUCACUCAGCUAUGGAGUAUGUGUUUGAAGCAGGUGCCGAUACUGUUCGUGUUGAUGUCUCGUCAGCGAGCACAGGACUACGUUGUUCAAGCUGCUACAGAUACAUCAACAGAUCCUGUAGGCGUAUAUCUUCAUACCGGCGUUCGUCGAUGCUGUUUCCCUUGUCUGCAGGUGUACCAAGUUUGGUAGGUAUUCGGCUGGAUACUUCAAGUCCCAAAACUGGAUGAAAUCGCUGCCAUACUUCUUGAACUGAAGUGUAUUGAUUUUCUGACGCUGUUUUUCGAAGACGUCCUUCGUUAGUCCUGGAGCUCUAAAUGUCCUUCUGGUCAGGAUUUGCGCUAUCAAUACUUUGGUAAUGCCGAAACUGUGCAUAGACUCCACUAGCGACACGAUCCUGGUGUAGAUCUUCCUUGGUCUUAUGUCUGCCUCCAACGUGUAUUUUAGUCUGUUUUGUUUAACGUCCUAUAAACAUUUAGUGACGUGGAUGAACGCUUCAGCUGCCCCUACUUCUAACAGAUUCUGCAAUGUCGCCUUGUGCAUCCUGUCGGUAUGGAGUCCUUCUUGGCCGCAGAACAUGGUAGUGUGAGGUGUGCCCAAGUCCCAAUCGCAUACAUUUAUAAGUCUAUGUACAGUACACUUCAUAGCCAUUAUGAAUAAUUCACAAUGUCAUCGCGUCAAGGAAUUCGUUUAAGCGUUCGAUCACCCAAAAACCCCAUCAGGGAUCUUGGUAACGGCAUAUCGCAACCCGCAAUGAUUCUCGUCACUUGAUCAGUCACCAGGGAUCGCGAUGAUAGAUCCUCAGUGAUGCAUCAAGGUCGGUUGUCCUCGCGCAUCGCCGCAACUGGGUACGCAUAGUCUUGCUGGCGCUCACCGUAAUUUACCUGUGGUUGAUGGAGGAAGGUUUGCAGAACCUAUAGUGUAUAUGCCAGUGUAUAUGUAUACUGAACAAAAAAAGAAACGCACAAUUGAAUUAUGCAAUCAGUAUGAAGGGACAAGU